AUGUUUCAAGCGUGGCCAGCACUGCUGCAACCGCAACAGGCUCACAUCUAUCAUCUCCAUAUCGAUCCUCGAUCCGACGAUGGACAUGAAGCAGUUCCAAUGACGUCGAUAACGGAGCAGAAUGGAGCGAUAGAAGUGGAAAGGACAGAAGCAGCGCUGCUAGCGGCAGAGGUGCGAUUUCGGGGAGAAGGAAGGUCAAGUGAAACAGAAAAUCAGCGUAACGAGCGAGAGCGACGGCGGGUGCAGCAGGUGAACGCGGCUUUUGCCUUAUUGAGGCAGCAUUUACCCAUCCAGAUUGGCCCUUACGAGACCACUGAUCGAACGCGUCGGGCGCCAGCACGAAAACGACGUAGUCAACGCACCUCUAAGGUGAAGAUCCUGCGCGCUGCUAUUCGCUACAUCAACGAACUUACAGGAAUUUUACAAGCAUCCGAGGUGGUGGAUAACGAACAGUUCGUAUGA